UAUAUAAUUCUAUUUUAAAACAACACCAUUUUCUACUUGGUAUAGUCGUAUAGAUAAUGGAUGAAAAUCAAUCACAAUGUACGUCAAAUCAGUGGCACAACCACAAGAUAAUUUUGUUACGGAGUCAAAUAAUACAUUGGAUGUAGAUGAAGAAGGGUUUGUUAAUGAUGAUGGUACUCCAAGUCAUUGCACAAAAGAUAAGGGAAGGAAAACAACCACUGAGGCAUGAAAUUAUUUUGCAAGAGAGGAGGUAAAUGGUAUGAUUAGAGCUGUUUGUAAGCAUUGUGGUGUUAGUCUAGUAACUGGUGGUUGUAGUGGAACUUCUCAUCUCUUGAAACACGCAAAGAAAGUUUGCUCAGGAAGACAUUUGAAUCUCGCACGUGGUCAAACAACUUCAAGAGUUAAGAAGGAAUGUGAUGGGUCAAGUUCUCUGGAAUUUAGUGGCAAAAGCAAACUUAAAGAGUUUGACCAAGAUUUUUCGAAAAGGGAAUUAGUUUUCAUGGUUAUUAUGCACGAAUAUCCAUUGUCUAUGGUGGAUCAUAUUGGGUUUAGGAGGUUUGUUGAAAGCCUUAAUUGCAAUUCUAAGAUGAUUUCUGGGACCACAUUAAAGCGAGAUAUCAUGAAGAUGUUUAAAGAAGAAAACCUUUAUCUACAUAAAUUGCUCGAGCAUAAUGAAAGUAGAAUUGCAAUCACUACUGAUAUGUGGACUGCAACCAACCAGAAGAAGGGUUACAUGGUCAUAACUUCGCAUUUUAUUGAUAAACAAUGGGUCUUAUGAAAUCGCACCUUAAGGUUUUGCUAUGUGCCUUGUCCUCACACCGGAGGUGUUAUUGCAAAGGUAAUGAUGGAUUGUUUGUCUCAAUAUUGUUUAGAAAAUAAAAUAUUUGUU